CGUAUCGUCUUCUUCUUUUAUUGACUAUGACUCUUCCUACAUACGAUCAACUUCCCAUUAACCCAAAGUAUCCCAAGGGUACUGCAUGGGGUGUCUGGGGUGAAGAUGAUAAUCUUGGAACCUUGAAUCAUUUAACAGCCGAAAGAGUAGCCAACGCAGCAAAAUGCAUCAAAACCGGUAAAAGAUUUCCAUUAAACUGGUGCCUCGAAUUUCCUAAUCCUACAUUUUUCAAGCGUGAAACUUUGGAACAUCAUAUCAAGGAACUACAUGGUGGAAUAUACUUUGAUGAUUAUUAUGACAACUUCAACACUCAAACUUCCUCUCAGUGGGACGGACUUCGUCAUUUUUCUCAUACACCCGCCAAAAAGUUCUAUAACGGUAUCACCCCAGAUAACAUUCGUCAAGGUACGCCCACUACUAAUGACCGUCUUGGUAUGCAAUACGUCGCCGAGGUUGGUAUCGUAGGACGCGCUGUAUUAUUGGAUUAUGGUAGAUGGGCUGAGGUUCACAACCCAAGUUUCGAUCCUUUUGACAGAUAUGAAAUUACCAUGGAUGAAUUGGAGAAAGUUAUUAAAUAUCAAAACGUAACCAUUGAGAUAGGAGAUAUCUUGUUGCUUCGUACGGGCUGGACUGCACGCUUCGAAAAAGGUGGACCUGAUAUUAAAGGACUUUCGGAAGCGGACUUUCCUGAUUGUGCUGGAGUCAAAGCUUGCGAAGAGACUUAUCGUUGGUUCUGGGAUCAUCAUAUCGCAGCUGUUGCUACUGAUGCAAUUCCUGUUGAAGCCCUCCCUCUCAAUAUGGAUGACUGUUGCCAUUCCGUUUUUAUUGGAGGCUUUGGUAUGAUGCUAGGCGAACUGUUUUAUUUGGAGAAGUUAGCUGCUGACUCAUUUGAAGAUAAAGUGUAUGAAUACUUUUUCUCAAGUGCACCUUUGAAUAAAAAGGGUGGUAUUGCUUCUCCCCCAAAUGCCAUUUGCAUUAAAUAAUUCUUUCCGUAAUAAAAUAUGAUUGGCUACCA